CGGUUCGACGCCAAACUAUAUGUGUCAAAUGAUGUAUUGAGAAAUGGAAUUGAAAAUAUUUGAGGAAAUUAUGAAUUUUCGACGGUUACCUAUUAAUAAUUUUCAUAAAAUUUUGAACACAAUGAGAAAAGAUACCUGUGAAAGUGACCAACUAAAAUAAUUUUAAAUAUUUUAUGAAUUUCUAUAGUUAUCGAAGGAAGGAAUAACCUACAAUCCUGUGUUUUUUAUUUUUAUACAACAUAAUUCCUUAAAAUAUAACAUUAUUAAGUCAAUCAUUAUAGGAAAUGGCUAUUUCAUUCAGGAAAAAUGCAGAUAAAACAUUCAAAAUUUUACCAGAAAAACCAAAACCCUGCAUUAAACGAAAGAGUGCUAAACCAUUACAUUUAACAAGAGUGGAAAAAGCUCUAGAUGUAAAUAACUUUCUUCACAGCCUGAAAACACCCAAUGAGAAUACCAGUAGCGAUGAUGAUGAUGCCAAUAACGAAGAAUUAUUAGGUUUUAAGGUGGCUGAUUUUAUAUCACCUACAGAUUACUACAACUUUAGUAAUGUAACUGGUGAUAGACAAUGGUUAGCUGAUAUAUUACAAGAAAAUACAGAUCAUCCCCCUGAGGAGGUACAAUAUCAACAUAUUUUGAAGUUGCAUUCAUAUCAGAAAAAUCUAAGACGGAGUAAAAAGAAUUUCAAUGAAUAUAUGUACUAUGGAGCUGGCUUAGUUAGUAGAGUAGAUCAUUAUUCUGCAACAGAAAAAACUAUUCCUUCACCUGCGAGCAAGAAAAAGAAAAAAGACGAAACUUCUGAAUCUGGUUUAUAUUCCUCCAACAUACUUGAAGACAUUGUGGAAGAACCAUGUUUAGAUUUGAAUCUGGAAAAUGGAAUGCAUUUUCAAAAUUUCAACGAAGAUUCUUCUAAUGUACAUUGCAAUUUUAAUUCGUCCAAUGUGUCUAUUUCCACUUCUUCGGUUGGUUCACAGAGGAAGAAGGUUAAGAAAUUCAAAGAUGAGGAAGCGAAAAAAAAAUGGGAAGAUAUGAUGACUCUCAAGAGAAAAAGAGUUUUCAGCAAUUUGGUAAAGAAAGAAGUUGGAAAACAGCAGAGGUCGAAAUCGAAUAGACAUAAGGAAACGCUUCUACAAUGUAAAAGAGUCGCACAACAAUGUGCUAAAGUUGUUAGACAGAAAGCUGUUUUGUCAGCGAGAAUCGUCAAAGAGCAACAAUGGCGGAUGAAACGCCUUGCUAGAGAAAAUAUAGCUUAUUGGAAGAGGUCUCGCAGGUUAGACCGUGAAGUAAAAAAACGAAUGGAAAAAGAAGCUGAAGAGCAAAGGAAAAUGGAUCAUGAACUUAUCGAAGCCAAGAGACAGCAGAGAAAACUCAAUUUCUUGAUAACUCAAACUGAGUUAUACGCACAUUUCAUGUCGAAGAAAUUAGGAACUGCAUCUGCCGAAGAACAGCUGAGAAUUUUGAAUCAGUUGGAUGAAGAAAAAAAUCCUAGAUUAGCUGCCAUCGAUGAAUAUGACGGUGAAAUUAUGAAAGAAAAAGCCAAAAAGAAUGCAGAGGAAGCUUUUCUUCAUGAGCGUACUAGAACAAAGCACUUUGAUCUUGAAGCUAAUUCCACAUUCAUGGAAGAUUUAGAUCAAGAUGGAGAGCAACCUCAACCAAAAAUAUUCAGAGGUAAAUUAAAGGGGUACCAAUUAAGAGGAAUGAACUGGUUGGCGAAUUUAUAUUCUCAAGGCAUUAGUGGCAUUUUAGCAGAUGAAAUGGGUCUAGGAAAAACAGUACAAAGUAUCGCUUUUUUGUGUCAUAUCGCAGAAAAAUAUGCUGUAUGGGGCCCAUUUUUGAUAAUAUCUCCAGCUUCCACUUUACACAAUUGGCAACAAGAAAUAGCAAAAUUUGUUCCAUCAUUCAAAGUAGUACCGUAUUGGGGAAAUCCAAAUGAACGAAAAAUACUUAGGCAGUUUUGGGAUCAGAAAGACAUUUACACCAAAGAAGCCAGCUUCCAUAUAGUCAUUACAAGUUAUCAAAUUGUAAUAACCGACAUAAAAUAUUUCAAUAGGAUAAAAUGGCAAUAUAUGAUACUGGAUGAAGCUCAAGCUAUAAAAAGUACAAGCAGUAUGAGAUGGAAAACCUUGUUAGGUUUCAGUUGUAGGAAUCGAUUACUUCUCAGCGGAACUCCGAUUCAAAACAGCAUGGCUGAAUUGUGGGCGUUGCUUCACUUCAUUAUGCCGACACUUUUCGACUCGCACGAAGAGUUUAAUGAAUGGUUUUCUAAAGAUAUCGAGAGUCAUGCCGAAAACAAGACAGGAAUCGAUGAGAAACAUUUAUCAAGGUUACACAUGAUUCUGAAACCGUUUAUGUUGAGGAGAAUUAAGAAAGAUGUAGAGAAUGAACUUUCUGACAAAAUAGAAAUAAUGGUUUAUUGUCCGUUAACAACCCGACAAAAAUUAUUGUAUAUAGCACUCAAACAAAAGAUAAAAAUUGAAGACUUAAUACACUACAGCGUUGGAGGUGGAGAUGCCCACAGUGUAGACAAAAACUUUACAUCAAAUUUAAUGAACUUGGUCAUGCAGUUCCGUAAGGUCUGUAACCAUCCUGAGCUUUUCGAAAGGAGGGAUGCCAAAUCUCCGAUAACACCAUCGCCUGUAAUAUAUAAUGUUCCCAAAUUGGUAUACAACCUUGAUAUCCUAAAAUCGAAUUUUUUGUUCAUGCAGAAAUAUUUCCUAUUCACUUGUCAAUAUAUAUCCGAUGUGCAUAAGAAUGAUUUGUCCAAUUCGAUAUUUGCUUUUUGUUCCGCUAUGAAUUUGAGUUUCGGCGAAAUACACCAAAUUCUUCUAGGAAAUAUUCGCAAGCGUUGGCAACACUUCUACUAUUCACGUAGGAAAGAGGGUAUGAUAAAAUUCAUGGAUGACUGGAGUUCUCCAAAAGAUCGAAAACCAUCAUUGAAUAUAGUAUGUCAUACAUCUCUUCAUGAUGAUCUCACUUCGAAUUUGUUAUUACAAGACUUCAUUUUUACACGUAAAAAUUGUGCUAGCAAAGUGGUUUAUGGACACGCUAUGCAUACUUAUUAUUCCCUAGGCGAACAGAAACUCUUGGAUAGUUUAGGAGUUUCACAAGAAAUUGAUAUAGAAAACACGAAGACUGAUAUUCAGAUAUCGAAAUUUGGCGAUUGCAACAAUAUGAAAUUCAUUAAACAAGAGUAUAUUUCUUCAGAAUUACCUUCGUUCUUGUCCAGUAUUAUACCAAAGAUACAAAGUUGUAAUGUUACCUUAUAUUGUUCCUCAAGAAGGGCUGCUCACGACUUAAAAAGACAUACCGACGAAUUCUCUUAUUCUUCUCUAAACUUUUAUUGGACGGAGGCCACUAAUAAUGAAGCUAAUAAAUCACCUGCACAAUAUUUAUAUCCCUCUGUAUAUAGCCCUAUAGAUAUUCUGAAACCUAUAAAUGGAUGGUCUAAUAUUUACAUACCAGAUAAAGAAACUCUUGUAACUGAUGCUGGAAAGUUAUCGGUUCUCGAUAGUUUAUUAAAAAAAUUGAAGAAAGAAGGACAUAGGGUAUUGAUUUAUUCGCAAAUGACUAAAAUGAUUGAUCUCCUCGAGGAAUAUAUGUGGCAUCGACAUCAUAAAUACAUGAGGUUAGACGGUUCAUCUAAGAUAUCGGAGAGGAGGGAUAUGGUAGCUGAUUUCCAAGCUAGAACUGAUAUUUUCGUAUUUUUAUUAUCUACAAGAGCUGGCGGUUUGGGAAUCAACUUGACAGCUGCAGAUACGGUUAUAUUCUACGAUAGUGAUUGGAAUCCCACAGUAGACCAACAAGCUAUGGAUAGAGCCCAUCGUUUGGGACAGACUAAACAAGUUACAGUUUAUAGACUGAUUUGUAAAGGAACUAUUGAGGAGAGAAUUCUUCAAAGAGCACGAGAAAAGAGUGAGAUUCAAAAACUAGUUAUCAGCGGUGGAAAUUUCAAACCAGAUACAUUGAAACCGAAAGAAGUGGUAUCUCUUCUUCUCGACGAAGAUGAGUUGGUUCAAAAAUUCCAUAAAUCGUCUACCAAAAUCGAACCGAAUGUUGUUCCAAAACCUGAAGCGAUCGUGUCUAAUCAAGAUUUGGAAAAAAGAAAAAAAGUUGAACCGUCAUUUAAGACUAUCUCGGCUGCUCACGAUGCUAAACGGAUAAAAUUGCAUGAUACUAACUUUGAAGAUCAGUUCCUUAAUGUAGACAGUUCUCCGACAAGUCCUCAAAGUGUAUCAAAUGAUGUUUUGACUGAUGAACUCUCCGAUGCAAGUUUCUUCGAAGAUAACGAUGGAUCUCUGACCAGCAAGUAUACAGUUUAUAAUGUAUAUGGCUCAGCAGUGAAACCUAGGACUCCUGUUAGAGGUUCUUCAAAGAGAGGAAGACCCAGAGGCUCCAGAAGAGCAUCAACACUGAAUAGGUUGAAUAGUGGUUCUGGAACAAGCGGCAUUUUUACUUCAGGUUCGGAUUUGAGUAUUGGAGAAAACAACAUUACUACUUCAAGUAAUGUAGCAGGCGAAUCUUCUGGUAUGUCCUCACCAGUAUCAACUGUUCGUCGAGGUCCUGGAAGGCCUAGAUUGAAACCGUCCGGUCCACUUAAUACCAGUACUCGUGGUACUUACAAGCCUAGAAAGCCAACUAGGCCAUUACCUGUACCUUUGCCUUCAGAUGGCACAAAUGCAACUAGCGGUAGUACAAGUAGUCACCUCUAUUCAAGCUACGUUUUUGAUUUUCCGGAGCAGCCGGAUUCCUAGCAUAAAAAAUUAUUAACA